ACCUACCAGUUUUACUCUGUGGCGCGUUUUUUGAAGCUUCUCGAGGCUUACGCGUUUUCUCGGCGAGCGGCCGCGGCUCCAUCGAGAGAGCGGGAGGACAGCUUCCCUUCUUGUGAGGUGGAGAGAGCCACUUCCGUUCGCGAGAGGGCUUCAUUUCCACUACAAUGCAAAGGGCAUCACGACUGAGGCGGGAGCUGCAUCUGCUGACUACAGAGCCACCACCAGGCAUCACAUGCUGGCAGAAUGAAAGCGGUUUAGAUCAUCUUCGAGCUCAAAUCUUGGGUUCUGCAGAUACACCAUAUGAAAAAGGUGUUUUUGACUUGGAAGUACUUGUACCUUUAAGGUAUCCAUUUGAACCCCCAAAGAUGCGCUUUCUGACUCCCAUCUAUCAUCCCAACAUUGACUCUUCUGGAAGAAUUUGCCUAGAUGUUCUCAGACUGCCACCCAAAGGCGCAUGGAGGCCAUCACUGAAUAUUGCAACUUUGCUGACUUCCAUACAACUGCUUAUGAAUGAGCCCAAUCCUGAUGACCCACUCAUGGCUGACAUAUCCUCUGAGUAUAAAUACAACAAGCAAGCAUUCCUGAGAAAUGCCAGACAGUGGACUGAGAAAUAUGCAUGCCAGACAACAAUGUUCCAGACUUCAAAAACCCCAGAUGAAGAGAAGCACCAAACUGAGGCCAAUCCACUCAGAGAUUCUAACAUUUCCCAGAAAAGGAAAGGAAGUAAUAUUAGUAGAUUCUCCAAAAAACUUUGCUCAGAAACAUAGAGGCUUUGCUGCUGUGCAGUAUCCCAGUCUCUGUCAAUGUUUGUUUUUAGUUUUACUUUCCAUCUCUUAAAUAGGCUUGACAUGCUUAAUGUACUGUUUACACAUUAUGCAAUGCUUCUCCAUUGGCUUCAGUGAUCUCAUUAUAAUAGUCAAUAUGGCUUAUGCCUGUGUUUUUAAAAACAUUUUGCUGUUUUACUUGCAGAAUUCCUAAAUGUUCCUUUGUCUCUUCUUGAGUUUUGUGCUUGCCUUAAAUGAAAACACAUGAGAAUAAACAACUAUUUAAUCUUGCUAUAACUGU